AUGGCGGCGGCCGCGCGGGCUCGGGACUGGACCCCGCGGCCGGUCCGGCCGCCGCCACCGCUGCUGGCGCUGCUGGUGCUGCCGGUGCUGCCAGCUUGGUGCGCGGCCGCUGGGGACCCCGGGGCCGCGACUCGGCUCAGCCUACACCCGCCCUACUUCAACCUGGCCGAGGCGGCGAGGAUUUGGGCCAGUGCCACCUGCGGGGAGCGGGCCCAGCCCGAGCUCUACUGCAAGUUGGUGGGGGGCCCCACUGCCCCGGGCAGCGGCCACACCAUCCAGGGCCAGUUUUGUGACUAUUGCAAUUCUGAGGACCCCAGGAAAGCACAUCCAGCCACCAAUGCAAUCGAUGGAUCUGAACGUUGGUGGCAAAGCCCUCCGCUCUCCUCAGGUACACAGUACAACAGAGUCAACCUCACCUUGGAUCUGGGUCAGCUAUUCCAUGUGGCCUAUGUUUUAAUCAAAUUUGCAAAUUCUCCUCGCCCUGAUCUUUGGGUUUUGGAAAGAUCUGUGGACUUCGGAAACACCUACUCACCAUGGCAAUAUUUUGCUCAUUCUAAAGGAGACUGUUUGGAACAAUUUGGGCAGGAGGCAAAUAUGGCUAUCACCCAGGAUGACGAUGUACUUUGUGUGACUGAAUAUUCCCAUAUUGUACCUUUGGAAAAUGGUGAGGUUGUGGUGUCCUUGAUAAAUCGUCGUCCAGGUGCAAAAAAUUUUACUUUCUCUCACACCCUGAGGGAAUUUACCAAAGCAACAAACAUCCGCUUGCGUUUUCUCAGAACCAACACCCUUCUUGGACACCUCAUCUCCAAAGCACAGCGAGAUCCAACUGUUACUCGGCGGUAUUAUUACAGCAUAAAGGAUAUCAGCAUUGGUGGGCGGUGUGUCUGCCAUGGCCACGCUGCAGUGUGCAAUGCAAACAAUCCUGAAAACCUGUUUCGGUGUGAAUGCCAGCACCACACGUGCGGGGAGACGUGCGAUCGCUGCUGCGUGGGGUACAACCAGAGGCGCUGGCGGCCGGCCACGUGGGAGCAGACCAACGAGUGUGAAGCGUGCAACUGCCACGGCCACGCCAUCGAUUGUUACUAUGAUCCAGAUAUUGAGCGGCAGCAGGCAAGCUUGAAUAUCCAAGGCAUCUAUGCAGGUGGAGGGGUCUGCAUUAAUUGUCAGCACAACACAGCCGGUGUAAACUGUGACAAGUGUGCUAAGGGCUAUUACCGCCCUUAUGGGGUUCCAGUUGACUCCCCCCAUGGCUGCAUCCCUUGCAGCUGUAACCCCGAGCAUGCAGAAGACUGUGACCAGGGCUCAGGCCGCUGCCACUGCAAGCCAAAUUUCCAGGGAGACCACUGUGAGGAGUGUGCGCCAGGAUACCACCACUUCCCACUCUGCUUACGAAUUCCCAUUUUUCCUAUUUCUACUCCAAGUCCAGAAGAUCCAGAAGCUGGAGAUAUAAAAGAGUGUGACUGUAACUUGGCGGGUGUUCUCCCUGAAAUAUGUGAUGCCCGUGGCAGGUGCCUGUGCCGCCCUGGGGUUCAGGGCCCUCGGUGUGAUACCUGCUGCUCCGGUUUCUACUCAUUCCCUAUUUGCCAAGCCUGCCAGUGCUCAGCUCUCGGAUCCUACCAGAUGCCCUGCAGCCCGGUGACUGGACAGUGUGAAUGCCAGCCGGGGAUUACAGGACAGCGGUGUGACAGAUGUCUCUCAGGAGCCCAUGAUUUCCCCUUCUGCCAAGGUUCCAGCAGUUCUUGUGACCCAGCCGGUACCAUUGACUCCAGUUUGGGGUAUUGCCAAUGCAAGCUUCAUGUUGAAAGUCCUACUUGUAGCAUCUGCAAACCAUUAUAUUGGAAUCUGGCCAAAGAAAACCCCAGUGGAUGUUCAGAAUGCCAGUGUCAUGAGGCGGGGACAGUGAGUGGAAUUGGAGAGUGUGGGCAGGGAGAUGGUGACUGUCACUGCAAGUCCCAUGUGGAUGGCGAUUCCUGUGACACCUGUGAAGAUGGAUAUUUUGCUUUGGAAAAGAGCAAUUACUUUGGGUGUCAAGGGUGUCAGUGUGACAUCGGUGGAGCGCUCUCCCCCGUGUGCAGUGGGUCCUCUGGAGCAUGCCAGUGCCGAGAGCAUGUCGUGGGGCAGGCAUGCCAGCGGCCUGAAAACAACUACUAUUUCCCAGAUUUGCAUCAUAUGAAGUAUGAAACUGAAGAUGGUACUACACCUAAUGGAAGUGACCUCUGGUUUGGAUUUGAUCCCCUGGUAUUUCCUGAGUUUAGCUGGAGAGGAUAUGCCCAGAUGACCUCUGUACAGAAUGAAGUGAGGAUAGUAUUGAAUGUGGGGGACUCAAAUCUCUCUUUGUUUCGCAUUGUUCUGAGAUACAUUAACCCUGGAACUGAAGCCAUAUCUGGCCAAAUAAAUAUUUAUCCAUCCUGGGCUACAGCAGGUGCUGCCCAAAGCAAAGAGAUCUUCUUCCUGCCAAGUAAGGAGCCAGCCUUUCUCACUGUCCCCGGAAAUGGUUUUGCACACCCGUUUUCAAUCACACCAGGGACAUGGAUUGCUUGUAUUAAGGCAGAAGGAGUCCUCCUGGAUUACCUGGUGCUGCUCCCCAGAGACUACUAUGAAGCAUCCGCGCUGCACGUGCCAGUCACAGAGCCAUGUGCCUAUGCAGGAUCUCCACAGGAAAAUUGCUUGCUUUACCAGCAUUUGCCGGUGACCAGAUUCCCCUGCACCCUUGCUUGUAAGGCCAAACACUUCCUGCUUGAUGGGGAGCCACAAUCCUUGACAGUGAGGCGGCCCACAGCUGCACACCCACUCAUGGCGGACCUCAGUGGGAGACAGGUGGAACUGCAUCUGCAGCUGCGCGUCCCACAGGUUGGCCACUAUGUGGUUGUGGUAGAGUAUGCCACAGAAGCAGACCAGCUGUUUGUGGUUGAUGUGACCGUGAGGAGCCCUGGCUCCAUCCUGGCAGGCCAGGUGAACAUUUACAGCUGCAAGUACAGCAGCCUCCUCUGCCGGAGCGCUGUCAUCGAUGGCAUGCGCCGCAUCGCCGUGCACGAGCUCCUAGCAGAUGCGGACGUUCGGCUCACAGCACGCAUGGCCCGCUUCCUUCUGCAUCAAAUUUGUAUCAUACCCAUUGAAGAAUUCUCAACUCAAUAUUUAAGACCCCAAGUCCACUGUAUUGCCAGUUAUGGGCGAUUUGUUAAUCAAAGUGCCACCUGUGUCGCCCUGGCCCACAAAACUCCUUCAACAGCAUUAACUUUGGAUGUCCCAACUAGUGGGUCUUUCCCACUCCUGCCCUGGGAUCCUUCAUCUUCUGCUGAUGUAGUUACUGGACUUACCUUGAAGGCACCACAGAACCAAGUGACCCUGAGAGGACUCGUGCCACACCUGGGCCGAUACGUCCUUGUCAUCCACUUUUAUCAAGCUGCACACCCGCCAUUUCUGGGGCAGGUGUCUGUGAACGCAGGGCAGUGGGGAUCAGGGUCUUUCCGUGCCUCCUUUUGCCCCCACGUGCUUGGCUGCCAGGAUCAAGUGAUCACUGAAGGCCAGGUUGAGUUUGACAUCUCAGCGCCUGAGGUAGCCGUGACUGUGAAGAUUCCAGAAGGAAAGUCCUUAGUUUUGGUCCGAGUUCUAGUGGUGCCUGUGGAGAAUUACGACUACCAAAUACUUCACAAAAAUUCAAUGGAUAAGUCCCACGAGUUUAUCACCAAUUGUGGAGGAAACAGUUUUUAUAUUGACCCCCAGACGGCCUCUGAAUUCUGCAAGAACUCCACCAGAUCCCUGGUGGCCUUUUACCACAAGGGUGCGCUGCCUUGUGAGUGCCACCCCGUGGGGGCUGUCAGCCGUCACUGCAGCCCCGCGGGCGGGCAGUGUCCAUGCCGGCCUCAUGUCAUCGGGCGGCAGUGCACCCGCUGUGCGACGGGCUUCCAUGGAUUCCCACGCUGCCGGCCGUGCAACUGUGGCCAGCGCCUCUGUGAAGAGACAACGGGGCAGUGUCGCUGCCCUCCCCGCACGGUCAGGCCCCAGUGUGAGGCCUGCGAGACGCAUUCCUUCAGCUUCCACCCACUGGCCGGCUGUGAAGGCUGCAACUGUUCCAGGAGGGGCACCGUUGGGGCUUCCACCCCAGAGUGUGACAGGGACACCGGGCAGUGCAGAUGCAAGCCCAGAAUCACAGGGCGGCAGUGUGACCAAUGUGCUUCUGGGUUUUACCACUUCCCUGAGUGUGUUCCCUGCAACUGCAACAGAGAUGGGACUGGGCCAGAAGUGUGUGACCCGGGGACUGGGGCCUGCCUCUGCAAGGAAAACGUGGAAGGUGCAGAAUGUAAUGUGUGUCGAGAAGGAUCGUUCCAUUUGGACCCUGCCAAUCCCAAGGGCUGUACCAGCUGCUUUUGUUUUGGAGUAAAUACUCAUUGUCACAGCACACACAAGAGAAGAUCUAAGUUUGUUGACAUGCUGGGCUGGCGCCUGCAGACGGCAGAUGGAGUGGACAUCCCCAUCUCAUUCAACCCGGGCAGCAACAGUGUGGUUGCAGAUCUCCAGGAGAUGCCCCCCACAGUCCACAGCGCGUCCUGGGUCGCACCCCCUUCUUACCUGGGGGACAAGGUUUCUUCGUAUGGUGGCUACCUCACUUACCAAGCCAAGUCCUUUGGAUUACCUAGUGACAUGGUUCUUCUGGAGAAGCAGCCCGAUGUGCAGCUCACUGGUCAGCACAUGUCUCUCAUCUAUGAGGAGCCAUAUAACCCACGGCCAGACCGGCUGCAUCAUGGGCGCGUGCAGUUGGUUGAGGGGAACUUCAGACGCGCCGACAGCAGAGCCCCGGUGUCGCGGCGGGAGCUGCUGACCGUGCUGUCCAGACUGGACGGUCUGCGCGUGCGCGGCCUGCGCUUCACCGAGACGCAGCGGCUCAGCCUGGGCGACGUGGGGCUGGAGGAGGCCUCUGACGCCGGAAGUGGACGCCUAGCACAUCACGUCGAGCUGUGCGCCUGCCCGCCUCACUACACUGGUGACUCAUGUCAGGGUUGUAGCCCUGGAUACUAUCGGGACAACAAAGACUUAUAUACUGGACGGUGUGUUCCCUGCCAUUGCAAUGGACAUUCAAAUCGAUGCCAGGAUGGCUCAGGAAUAUGUAUUAACUGUCAGCAUAAUACUGCUGGGGAACACUGUGAGCGCUGCAAAGAGGGUCACUAUCGGGACGCUGUCCAUGGAUCCUGUAGAGUCUGCCCGUGUCCUCAUACCAACAGUUUUGCCACUGGCUGUGUUGGAAAUGGGGAAAACGUGAGGUGCUCCUGCAAACCUGGAUACACGGGAACACAGUGUGAAAGGUGUGCACCAGGAUAUUUUGGGAAUCCCCAGAAAUUUGGAGGUAGCUGCCAACCAUGCAAUUGUAACAGCAAUGGCCAGUUGGGCAGUUGUGACCCCCUGACUGGAGAUUGCAUAAAUCAAGAACCCAAAGAUAGCGGCCCUGCAGAAGAAUGUGAUGAUUGCGACAGCUGUGUGGUGACACUCCUGGAUGAUCUGGCCACCAUGGGCGAGGAGCUCCGCCUGGUCAAGUCACAGCUGCAGGGCCUGAGUGCCAGCGCAGGUGCUCUGGAGCAGAUGAGGCACAUGGAGACCCAGGCCAAGGACCUGAGGAAUCAGUUGCUCAACUACCGUUCUACCAUUUCAAAUCAUGGAUCAAAAAUGGAUGGCCUGGAAAAAGAGCUGAGUAAUUUGAAUCGUGACUUUGAGACUUUGCAAGAAAAGGCUCAAAUAAAUUCCAGAAAAGCACAAACAUUAUACAGCAAUGUGGAUCAGACAACCCAAAGUGCCAAAGAGCUGGACACAAAGAUUAACAAUGUCAUCCGGAAUGUGCAAAUUCUCUUGAAGCAGAUCUCUGGGACAGAUGGAGAAGGAAACAACGUACCCUCGGGUGACUUUUCCAGAGAGCUGGCUGAAGCCGAACGCAUGAUGAGAGAAUUGCGGGAUCGAAACUUUGGAAAGCACCUGAGAGAAGCAGAAGCAGAAAAUAGAGAAGCUCAGCUCUUGCUGAACCGGAUAAGGAGCUGGCUGGAAACCCACCAGGUGGAGAACAAUGGACUUGUUAAGAGUAUACGGGAUUCUUUAAAUGAAUACGAAGCUAAACUCAGUGACCUUCGCACCGCACUGCAGGAGGCAGCUGCCCAAGCAAAGCAGGCCACUGGCCUUAACCAAGAAAACGAGAGAGCUUUGGGUGCCAUCAAGAGACAAGUGAAGGAAAUAAAUUCCCUGCAGAGUGAUUUCACCAAGUAUCUAACCACUGCAGAUGCUUCUUUACUGCAAACCAACAAUGUGCUGCAGCUGAUGGAAAAAAGCCAGAAGGAAUACGAAAAAUUAGCUGCCACUUUAAAUGAUGCAAGACAAGAACUAAAUGACAAAGUGAGAGAAGUUUCCAGAUCAGCCAGCAAAGCGUCCUUGGUGGUGGAGGCAGAGAAGCACGCGCAGUCUUUACAGGAGCUGGCGAAGCAGCUGGAAGAGAUCAAGAGAAACGCCAGUGGGGACGAGUUGGUGCGCUGUGCUGUGGACGCCGCCACUGCCUACGAGAACAUCCUCAAUGCCAUAAAAGUGGCCGAGGACGCAGCCAACAAGGCCAGCAGCGCGGCUGAGUCUGCCCACCAGACAGUGAUAAAGGAAAAUCUUCCAAGAAAAGCUAAAACCCUGAGUUCUGACAGUAACAAACUGUUAAAGGAAGCCAAGACAACACAGAAGAAGCUACAGCAAGAAAUCAGUCCGGCUCUCAAGAACCUACAGCAAACCCUAAAAACAGUGACAGUUCAGAAAGAACUAAUAGACACCAAUCUUACAACUGUCCUUGAUGAUCUUCGUGGGAUAAAGAGAGGUGACAUCGAUGAUAUGAUCAGUAGUGCAAAGAGCAUGGUCAGAAAGGCCAACGACAUCACCAGUGAGGUUCUGGAUGGGCUCAAUCCCAUUCAGACAGAUGUGGAAAAAAUUAAGGAUACCUAUGGGAGCACACAGAGUGAAGACUUCAACAAGGCUCUGACCAGUGCAGAUAACUCAGUGAAGAAAUUAACGAACAGACUGCCUGAUCUUUUAAGCAAGAUUGAAAGCAUCAACCAAAAACUGUUGCCCCUGGGAAACAUCUCUGACAAUGUGGACCGAAUACGAGAACUAAUUCAGCAGGCUAGAGAUGCUGCGAACAAGGUCGCUGUCCCCAUGAGGUUCAACGGUAAAUCUGGAGUCGAAGUCCGACUGCCAAAUGACCUGGAAGAUUUGAAAGGAUAUACAUCUCUGUCUUUGUUUCUGCAAAGACCUGAUUCAAGAGAAAAUGGGGGGACUGAGAAUAUGUUUGUGAUGUACCUCGGAAAUAAAGAUGCCUCCCGGGACUACAUCGGCAUGGCAGUGGUAGAUGGCCAGCUCACAUGUGUCUACAAUCUGGGAGAGCGCGAGGCUGAACUUCAAGUGGACCAGACCUUGACUGAGAGUGAAACUCAGGAGGCAGUUAUGGACCGUGUGAAAUUUCAGAGAAUUUAUCAGUUUGCAAGGCUUAAUUACACCAAAGGAGCCACAUCCAGUAAAUCAGAAACACCCCAAUUCCAUGACAUGGAUAGUGGAAAUAGCAAUACACUCCUUAAUUUGGAUCCUGAGAAUGUUGUAUUUUACGUUGGAGGUUACCCAUCUGACUUUAAACUUCCCAGUAGACUAAGAUUCCCUCCAUACAAAGGUUGCAUUGAAUUAGAUGACCUCAAUGAAAAUGUUCUGAGCUUGUACAACUUCAAGAAAACUUUCAAUCUCAACACGACUGAAGUGGAGCCUUGUAGAAGGAGAAAGGAAGAGUCAGACAAAAAUUAUUUUGAAGGCACAGGCUAUGCUCGUGUUCCAACUCAGCCAAAUGCUCCUAUCCCAACCUUUGGACAGACAAUUCAGACCACCGUGGACAGAGGUUUGCUCUUCUUUGCAGAAAACCAGGACCGCUUCAUAUCUCUAGAUAUAGAAGAUGGCAAUAUUGUUGUACGAUACAAACUGAAUUCAGAGCCACCAAAAGAAAAAGGAAUUAGAGACAUCAUAAAUGACGGGAAAGAUCAUUCGAUUCUGAUCAAAAUUGGAAAAGCCCAAAAACUUAUGCGGAUAAAUGUGAAUUCUCAAAACAUUAAAAUUGAAGGUGAAAUAUUUGAUUUUAGUACAUAUUAUCUAGGAGGAAUUCCAAUUGCAAUCAGGGAAAGGUUUAACAUUACUACACCUGCUUUCCGAGGCUGCAUGAAAAAUUUGAAGAAAACCAGUGGUGUUGUUAGAUUGAAUGAUACUGUGGGAGUCACCAAAAAGUGCGCAGAAGACUGGAAGCUUGUGCGAUCUGCCUCCUUCUCCAGAGGAGGACAACUCAGUUUCACUAAUUUGGACUUCCCAUUGCCCAGCCACUUCCAGGCUUCAUUUGGGUUUCAGACAUUUCAGCCCAGUGGCAUAUUAUUAAAUCAUCAGACACGGACAAGUAGCCUGCAGGUCACACUGGAAGAUGGUCACAUUGAAUUGAGCACCAGGGACAGCAGCAGCCCAAUUUUUAAGUCUCCACAGACGUACAUGGACGGUCUACUGCACUAUGUGUCUGUGAUAAGCGACAACUCUGGACUCCGGCUUCUCAUUGAUGACGGGCCUCUGAGAAACAACCAAAGGCUACAAGGCUUUGCAAAUUCCCUGCAAUCUCUACGUCUGGGUGGGAGUCAUUUUGAGGGUUGUAUCAGCAAUGUUUUUGUCCAGAGGUUAUCACAGAGUCCUGAAGUCCUAGAUUUGGCUAGUAAAUCUACCAAAAGAGACGUGUCCCUGGGAGAUUGCAGUUUAAACAAACCUCCUUUUCUAAUGUUGCUCAAAGGUUCUACGAGGUUUAACAAGGCCAAGACUUUCAAUAUCAACCAGCUAUUGCAGGACACACCAGUGGCCUUCCCAAGGAGCACGAAGGUGCAGUAUGAUGUACAGUCUUGUCCACCACCUGCUGGGGCCCAGGCCAGGCAUGGAGCCCUCCAGUUUGGGGACAGUCCCACUAGCCACCUGCUAUUCAAGCUUCCCCAGGAGUUGCUUAAUCCCAGGUUUGCUGUGGACAUGCAGACGACAUCCUCCAGAGGGCUGGUGUUCUACUCAGGCACUCGGAGCUCCUUCAUGGCUCUGUAUCUUUCCAAAGGACGCCUGGUCUUUACCUUGGGGGCAGAAGGGAAAAAGCUGAGGCUCAAAAGCAAAGAGAAAUGCAGUGACGGCAGGUGGCACACGGUGGCAUUUGGGCAAGAUGGAAAAAAGGGACGCUUGGUUGUGGAUGGUCUCAGGGCCCGGGAGGGAAGUUUGCCUGGAAAUUCCACCAUCAGCAUCAGAGGCUCAGUUUACCUGGGAUCGUCUCCAUCAGCGAAACCAAAGAGCCUCCCCCAAAACAGCUUUGUGGGAUGCCUGAAGAACUUUCAGCUGGACUUAAAACCCUUGGAUACCCCUUCUGCAAGCUUUGGGGUGUCUCCCUGCUUGGGUGGCCCUUUGGAGAAAGGCAUUUAUUUCUCCCAAGAAGGAGGUCAUAUCAUUUUGGCUAACUCUGUGUUGUUGGGGCCAGAAUUCAAGCUUGUUUUCAGCAUUCGCCCAAGAAGUCUCACUGGUAUCCUGAUACACAUUGGAAGUCAACCUGGCAAGCACUUAUGUGUAUAUAUGGAGGCAGGAAAGGUCACGGCGUCUGUGGACAGUGAGGCAGGUGGGACCUUGACGUCGGUCACACCAAAGCAGUCUCUGUGUGACGGACAGUGGCACUCAGUGGCAGUCACCAUAAACCAACACGUCCUGCACCUGGAACUGGACACAGACAACAGCUACACAGCUGGACAGCUCACCUUCCCACCUGCCAGCACUCAGGAGCCACUACACCUUGGAGGUGUCCCAGCCAAUUUGAAGAUGAUGAAACUCCCUGUGUGGAAAUCAUUUUUUGGCUGUCUGAAGAAUAUUCAAGUCAACCACAUCCCUGUCCCUGUCACUGAAGCCAUGGAAGUCGAGGGGUCUGUCAGUCUAAAUGGCUGUCCUGACCACUAAGUCCAGCCUAUUACCCAGUGAGGAAAUUCACCUUCAAAAGCACUGAUUACCCUCCCCACUCAAGAUCAUUCUUCACUCAAGGCACCACCCGGACGGUUUUAAUAGCAAGUCUAGUUUUGAAGUCUGACCAUGUAUACCCAUCAUUUUGGCAUUUGGCGCUACAUAUAUAUUUUAUAUAAAAAUCCCAUUUCUUGAAGAAGAUGAACAAAUUGUUAUUCAGAUAUGCACAAAAUGCUUUUGGUCAUAUUAUU